UUUCAAGUUUCCCACCUGAAGAAAGGCAAAAAAAAAAAAAAAAAUCAAAUCCUCUCUAUAUCUCUAACCAUGAGUCUCUUCGGUCUGGGCAGAAAUCAGCGAACAUUCCGCCCAAAAAAAAGUGCACCCUCAGGAAGUAAGGGUGCACAGCUUAAAAAGCACAUUGAUGCUACCUUGGGCAGUGGAAACCUAAGGGAAGCAGUAAGGCUACCCCCAGGGGAGGAUUUACAUGAAUGGCUCGCAGUCAAUACUGUGGAUUUCUUCAAUCAAGUGAAUCUGCUCUAUGGCACCCUUACAGAGUUUUGUACUCCUGAGAACUGUCCUACAAUGACUGCAGGCCCUAAGUAUGAAUAUAGAUGGGCAGAUGGUGUGCAGAUCAAGAAACCUAUCGAGGUUUCCGCCCCGAAAUAUGUUGAAUAUUUAAUGGACUGGAUCGAAUCACAGCUUGAUGAUGAAUCCAUAUUUCCUCAAAAGCUUGGUGUAGCAUUUCCUUCCAACUUCAAUGAGGUCGUGAAGACAAUAUUCAAAAGACUGUUCCGAGUAUAUGCCCACAUCUAUCACUCACACUUCCAGAAAAUUGUGAGCCUUAAGGAAGAAGCCCAUUUGAACACAUGCUUCAAGCAUUUCAUACUGUUUACUUGUGAAUUCGGGCUGAUCGACAAGAAAGAGUUAGCUCCACUUCAAGAGCUCAUUGAAUCCAUCAUAGUCCCUUGCUAAAUAUAUAAGGGUUUAAUUCAAUUCCCCUUAAAAAUCUCCGUUUUUCUUAUGAUUUUACAUUUUUAUCACAUAUUUUUUAUUCAAGCCCUGACAGGCCGGCAGCCCCCUUGUGUCAUCCCAGCUUGAUGCUUGCAUCUGUUGGACUUAAGUCUUCAAUAUUCUUUUAUUUAAAUUAAUCAAGGAAAUCCAAUAUGGACAUAUCACAUAAUAUGCA